AGAGGGGGAGAGAGAUAUAGAGACGGUGAAUAGGAUCGGGCGGGGCAUGGCAUUACCCGCCCCACCAGUUUAUUAGAAUCGGGUAAGGCGGGUGACCAUCCACACAAACUGAACAUGAGCCGCACAACUUGUAUGAUGACUGACCGGCGAUUUCAGUCUCAUCUCCGCUCUGCAUACUCAAACACGUUGAGAAAAAUAAACGAAUCGCUACUUUUCCCUGACGAGAGGGUAAGUAAGAAACAUUAAGAAGAAUCAAAACACGAUUCCUAUUUCUUUUGCGUUGGAACCUUCCUACACCCCGUCCUCACGUCAAGCCUUUUCCUCUACAAUAAAAGAAAGAAGCAAAUUCAGUUCAACCAAUUUAUCCAAUCUGCCUAUCGACUCAAUGUUCAACAUCGGCAAUGGAAUCCCUCGCUACGGCAGUGACGGCGGAAGCGGCGGUUCUGGUGGAGGAUUUUUGUGGGCGGUUGUGGCCGUGCCGCAGUCCAGAACAGCAGUUGCUGUCACGGCCUUGGCUGGAAUUGCGGUUUGCGCUGCCUUAUUCUACACAACUAGUAGGGGCCAUCUUAAAUCACCAUGGUCUCACAGGAGAAGGAAACAAGCCCUUUCUCUUCAGCAAUGGAGAAAUAUGUUUACAUUGGAUGGGAGACUUUAUGAUGGUGGAUUUCAGUUUCUGAUAAAAGUUCGGAGUGGAGGUGUAGAUCCAAGUAUUAGAGCAGAGGUUUGGCCAUUCCUCCUUGGCGUCUACAACUUGAACAGCUCCAAAAAAGAAAGAGAGAGAGUAAAAAGGGAGAAAAGGAAGGAAUAUGAGGAACUCCGCAAACAAUGCAGGCAGAUCCUCAAACUGAGUGUUGAGAAGGAGGGCGGCAAAACAAUCAGUAAUGAGGACAGCAAAACAGUCAGUAAUGAUGGCAAAAGUACUGUUCAAGACACAGAUAAUUCUAGUUAUGAAGAUGUUGCUAGUGCCAGGGAAUCCAUUUCCAGUGAAGACAGGAGUCCAGAUGUUGAGUACUCUGAUGAUACCUCUAGUACGCUGUUGGAAGGUGAUCAUACUUCAAAAGAACAAAUGACAAGCACUGAUGCCUCUAUAGUAAACUCAGAGUCGUCUGAUUCAGACACCUCUGGAGAUUCUGAAGUGAUCCUUUGUGCUUCCUCUGCAGAAGUCAUGAAAAAGAAUGAAGAUGAUGUGCUUUCCAAACAGAAUACUUCUGCCUCAAAGAAUGAGCUCAACUCGGACAGACAUGCCACUGAAAAUUUUGCCACAUGGCAGCGGAUCAUUCGUGUUGAUGCUGUCCGUGCUAAUGCAGAAUGGAUACCUCAUUCUCCAUCUCAAGCUUCAGUAUCAGAGGAUGAAGCGCAUCAUUUUGCCAAUGUUGUUGGGUUAAAGGACUAUGAACACCUGGAACCCUGCAGGAUUUUCCAUGCAGCCCGAUUAGUUGCUAUUCUUGAAGCCUAUGCACUCUACGACCCUGAAAUUGGGUAUUGCCAGGGCAUGAGUGAUCUACUUUCUCCAAUCAUUGCUAUCAUUUCUGAGGAUCAUGAAGCUUUCUGGUGUUUUGUGGGUUUCAUGAAGAAGGCUCGCCACAAUUUUAGGCUGGACGAGGUGGGAAUCUGGAGGCAGUUGAACAUUGUUUCCAAGAUUAUCAAAUGCAAAGACUCUCGCCUCUUCAAGCACUUGGAAAUGCUCCAGGCUGAGGAUUGCUUUUUUGUUUAUAGGAUGGUGGUGGUGCUGUUUAGGAGAGAAUUGACAUUUGAACAAACCAUUUGUCUCUGGGAGGUGAUGUGGGCAGAUCAGGCAGCCAUAAGGGCUGGCAUUGGUAAGUCAGAAUGGAGCAGGAUAAGGAAACGAGUGCCACCAACAGAUGAUUUGCUGCUUUAUGCCAUUGCAGCUUCAGUAUUGCAGAAGAGGAAAUUGAUUAUAGAGAAAUAUAACAGCAUGGAAGAGAUUUUAAGGGAGUGCAAUAGCAUGGCUGGGCAACUUGACAUUUGGAAAUUGUUAGAUGAUGCGCACGACUUGGUUGUGAACCUGCAUGACAAGAUAGAGCCGCCUUUCUGACGGCAGUUUUUUUGUGAUGCCUUCCUAUUAUUUGCUUACUUCGUUUUGUUCUGGAACAAGCUCUCAGUUAUGCUGCUUACUGUCAAAUGACAUGGUGUUGAGAGGAUUAUUUACACAUAUCUGCAUUUAGUUCUACCACUUAUUUGAACACAGCAAUCUUUAAAUUCAGUACCAUAGGGUAUUAAACAGGUAGGACCUGUAUCAUUGACCAAUAUUAAGGUGGAUGAGGAAUUUUAAGAUUUUGACGAACUGAUUUUUGAUUCUUUUUCGUCAAACAAAGGUGAUUAGUAAUGAAUUCUGUGUAAUUUGCCAAUAGUGGAAGCUCUUCAAUGAAACUGAAUAAGAUUUGCUUAAUUUUAGUG